AUAACCCGUGACAUUUGCAUGCCCCCGAUUCAAAAUUAUUUUCUACAAUAUAACGGAAUUCCAAACGCUGCUAGUUUCAUAAAUCACAGAAUCGAAAAAAGUCGCAAAUAGCCUCCAUUUCCCUUCAAGGUCCCUGAACAAGUGUACUUUUUCCGGUUGGCAUGGCUCGGAUUACCCAGAUUAUAUAACAAUUUUCGGUUGAAAUUGGCCGAGUGGCGUGUCAAAUUGGCGUUUUUGGCACUUUUUCACUCUUCUCCAUGUCGAUUGAGGAUCGAGUCAUUUUCAAUCCUUAAUCGCCAUUUCUCGAGGCAAUAACCGUAAUAUAGUAACCCAAUUCCGUGGCUAGACUUUCAUCUUAAGUAUUUUGUUUGAAAAAAACAACGUUUUAUCAUAUGACGAGGCGAUGAAUUAUUUAUACAAGGGGGCCUGAUCGGAAACUGGGACGUCAAUUUCGAGUUGCGCAAUGCGGGCCGAACACGUGCCCGAAAAUUGAAUUGCAAGCAAUUAGCGAGACAACAAUUGCGAGUCUGGGAACUAGACUGUUAUAUAACCGUCAUAAUUUCCCGAAAUUCCCAGUGAAGUAACCGAAAAAUCGCGUUUUUGGGUUUACCCUCGCCCAAACCUGCCUUGAUCCGGGUCAAACCCAAAACAAACAAAUUUUAAUUAAUCCGGAAUUACGAAAUCCCGUGCAUCCCAAUCGUGUCUUUGAUUCACUCCUAGAGUUUGGUAGCCCCCACUGCACAAUCUCCUAGUAAGUGGCCGCCUUGCGUCUGCAAACUCUAUUACUUCUCCGAGUUUGUAACACUUGCAACGCUCCGAGAGCUCGGCUUGUGAUGUGACAGUGAAGUGUCUUCAUUUGGAAAUUUUGGACAAGCGACGAGCAUUUGGGGCUAAAUUGGUGCUCUUUUUGGGGAUGAAGUACCAGCCAUGGGUACCGCUAUGCCGAGCGCACCGGCCGCUCAGGGGUUCCUGCCAACAGUAGUUCUUCAGAUGUUACAGUGCCCGCAGUGUCUUAAACUCGACCAGUCGUUUUUAAAACGUGAAAAUGCAGUGUCCAAGACCUUUAGUGUUAGUGUUAGUGACAUCGGCUGUGAUAGCCGCAACUCCGGUACCAUCUGGAACCACAACAGCAAGGUACUCUUUAGGAGGACACACACAUUUAACAUACCUACCUCAAUUUUCCGACACGACAGAACUGAUCUCGGUCAAUAGAAACCCAAAACGACCCAAAAACGAAACGUUUUACACAGAUAUGGUACUGAAAAUCUUGACACAACCCACUUUUCGAGGCGAAAAUAUGCGAAAAAUAAAACGAAAAGACCAACAAUUGCUCACAAACUUUGUAAAAAAUAAUUUAGAAGACUUAAAUACUCCUAAUAAAACUAUCAAAGUUAGUACCAAAAACAAGGUUCGUGUUGGUUCGACCACGACCAAACCGCAGAAAAGUACCACCACUCGGAAAACAACAAAACUGGUACCAAACCCAAUCGUUAUCAAUAUUACCGCUCCCCCGAAAAAACCCACAAAGGUGGUACGCGUAACAAAACCCCCUUUCAAAAUCAAACUAACCCCCACCCCCAAAUCUAGCUCAACCACCAAAAAACCCAAAAUAAAACCAACCAUCAGACGAGUUCUUACAAAAUGGUCAAAUAGGCCCACCCUAAAUAAAGUCAAACAAAAUUGGUACGAAGAAGGGGUACCCUACCCCACCCCCAACCCUGAAAUCAAUUCCCACUCGCCCCCGUACUCCCUCAGCGAAGUUGCUUCCUCCCCUCAAUCCGACCCUGGCCAAGUCUCAGAGUCCCCCCAAACCGACCUAAGCAACGCAAUUAGUACCUUCAAUCUUGACAUGGCCCCCGACCCCUCCAACAUCCGUGACGGGGCUUCAGGUUCCCCUUGUCCCACCGUCCACAUUUCAAGCUCGGUACUAACCCCCCAACAACGUCAAGACUGCUCCGACUUAAGCCUCGUCAUAAAUUCGCAUUUUCAUCAAAAUUCAGUAACAGACCGUUCCCCCCUCACCCCCGAAACUUACGACGCGGCCCCCCAGCAGGAAGACCCCGCACCACCCCCACAAACCCAAGCCGAUCCUGGCGGCGGUACCGGGGGCGGCGGAUCACAAGCCGCCGCUCCAGCAGCUCCCUCGCCUGGUUCCGGCGGGAGUGGAGGUAGUGGCGGCAAUGGGGGCGAUGGCGACGAUGGAGGUGGCUUAAAACUUCCAGAUUUGAAAGGUCUGAUGGACCUGUUGGGGUGGCUGUGGGACAAAUUGGGUCACCUCUUCAACUUUUUGAAAAACCCGUAUUUGUAUCUGGUACCGAUGGUACUGUUUUUCUUGCUAGGUUUUUUGGCGGUCAUUUUGCUGUUUCCUUGGUGGAUCCCCGCUUUGUUUUUAUUCGCGAGUGCGAAAACUGCGCAGAAAAAAAACGUCGCGUUUUAUAAACAUGUCCAUAAGCCCAUCCAUCACCCAGAUGGGUGGUUCUGGAACCAUGAAACUAAAACGUGGCAAAAUUUGGCUGAAAUUGUGCAUCACCGAAGGUCGGAUGAGGGUGACAGUACCGAGGAUAAAUAUAAAGAGGUAACAGAUGCUAUAGAAAAUUUCUCGAGGAAAUAUGAGAGUAGUAGUACUCAAUCGUGGAAGUGGCGGAGAAGGAUUAGGUAGUUCUCAAAGUGGUCAAGAUUUUUAGUCAAUCGUGUAAAUAUUGUAAAUUUUGCUGUGAUUCCGUUGGAAAGUUGAGGAUUGAGGUAGUCGCGCGAUUCUGUCUCCUGUACGUAGUUUUUAUUAUUUAUUUAUUUAUUUAAUUUAUUUAUUUAUCUUGUAUUUAUCAAAAGUCGCCAUAAAUCUUUUAAACUGUAUCAUAUGUAUGACUAAGGCGGAAAAAGAAAUAAAAUUGUUGUAGAAGC